GUGUGGGGUUUUAGUAUGGCGCAAUACCAUUGAAUAUAGUAAACUCGGUCUCUCUUUUUUUUUUCUGCUGGCACCUGGCACCAGCUGGCACACCUGUCACCGCAAACAUCUCAACACCGCUCCGCCUCACGGCCAUGUCUUCGACUCCUGUCAUGGACAAAGCAAAAGACGGACCUUCAUUCGGGACAUUUGCAGACGACAACAACUCCGAAGCCGGCGUAGCUCCUCCUCUCCACGACCAUGCAGACCUCGUGACAACCACCGAGCAGCGGUCGCUCAAGCGCGGCCUCGAGCAGCGCCAUUUGUCUAUGCUGGGUAUUGCCGGCGCCAUUGGAACAGGUCUGUUUCUGGGCCUAGGUCGCGCUGUACAGACGGGCGGUCCGCUGGGCGCGCUGCUGGGAUACGCCGUUGUUGGGCUUGUCGUGUGCGCUGUCCAGUUUGCGCUGGGAGAAGUGUCUGCGCUGCUGCCUGUCACGGGUUCCUUUGUUAGACAUGCCGAGUUCUUUGUUGAUCCGGCCUGGGGGUUUGCUAUCGGUUGGAACUUGGUGUACGGCAAUGCGCUGAGCAUCCCGAGCGAAAUCACGGCGAUUUGCGUCCUCUUCCGAUUCUGGACAGACAUCAACCCGUCCGUAUGGAUCAUUAUAUUCAUCCUUCUUACUGUUGGCAUUGGACUGUCUUUUGUCAAGGUCUUUGGUGAGGUAGAGUUUGGCUUUGCCAUUCUCAAGAUCCUCCUUGUGGUGUUUCUCAUCAUCCUGGGAUUGGUGAUUGACCUGGGGGGUAUCAAGGGCACACCGGCUAUUUACUUCAAAUACUGGCACGAUCCGGGACCGUUUGUCGAAUACAUUGCCACUGGAAACUGGGGCAAGUUUCUCGGAUUCUGGAGUGUCAUGACAAACGCCGUCUUUAGCUUUGCUGGCGUCGAGUCCAUUGCCAUGGCUGGUGCGGAAACAAGAAACCCGCGCAAGGCGAUUCCAAAGGCUUGUCGUAACGUCUUUAUCCGCAUUAUCCUCUUUUACAUGCUUGCCAUUCUUAUUGUCGGUAUGCUUGUAUCCAGCAAGGACGACAGGCUCGGUAAGCCUGAAAACGAGGGAACUGCUGCUCAGAGCCCAUUUGUCAUUGCCGCCGCCGCUGCCGGCAUCGAGUCGAUUCCUCACAUUGUCAACGCCAUUGUUAUCACGUCGGCAUGGUCAUCCUCGAACCAGAGUCUGCUAUCCGGUACCAGAGCUCUCUACGCCCUUGCUUUGAAGAAGCAAGCCCCUAAAGUCUUCCUGCGCACCGCCUCGUGGGGUGUUCCGUAUGUCUGUGUUGGUGCCUUUACCGUCGUCAUGUUCCUGAGCUUCAUGUCUCUGUCGGACGGUGCGCUUCAGGCAUUCCAAUGGCUCGUCAACUUGACCGCUGCCGGCGUUCUCAUGUCCUGGAUCGCCAUUCUCAUAAACCAUAUUCGCAUGCGCCUUGCCUUCCGCAAACAGGGCAUCCCUGAGAGCAGACUUCCUUGGUACAACUCUUGGACGCUCUAUUCUUCUUACUUCGCUCUCACCAUGUGCAUUAUCAUCAUUUUCACCGGUGGUUUUGCCGUCUUUACGACCGGCAACUGGGAUCCAUUAACUUUUGUUUCCGCAUAUCUAGAUAUACCACUCGUCUUGGUAGGAUUUCUCGCAUGGAAAUACAUCAACAAGACCUCCUUCAUUCGCUUAGAGGAUAUCCCUCUCAAGAGCGCUCUCGAGCAAGCCGAGGCAAACGACGACGAAUGAUACAACUUUCUCACUCAACAUGCAGAUGUACAAAAAGCUAUUUAUGACUGAACGACUUCCAAUAUUUAAAUUCCUUCUUAACUCAGCGAGAAUGAUUCAACAUCCCGCUUUGAUUACUAGUACAAUUAUAAUAAUAAUAGAUGUGGCGCACGUGGGCGCUUUCCGAAUAUUCUAUGCAAGUAAAAUAACAACUCCUCGCCAUGCAUGGCUCUAUGUCGCAAAAAGAAAACACAAAAGAAGUGCUCAGAAUUCGCUCGCAAUGAUACAAAAGAAACGUCCUAUCCAAAAUGAACGUUCGCUUAAAACCAAAAAUGUCCCACAUGAAUUACCAAAUUUUCUUCAGAAAACUCCCGUAAAGCUGGUGGUCUUGAAACCUCAUGUCUAAGGUCGGAUGCCCUGUCGCCAUCGUUCAACGGCAUCGAGCGAACCAGAAGAUCCAGGAACCUGCAUCUGCUGGUGCAUCAUUCCCCCGUUGGCGUGCAUGUUGCCUGGGCGGUUUUGAUACAUGCCCAAGUUCAUCUGCGAGUACGCGGCCAUACCCGCAUUGUAGCCGCCAAAGUUGGCGUACAUGGGCUGUUGUUGAUAUCCCAUCAUCUGGCCACCCAUCAUCAUGGGUGCCGACUGUGUGCUCAUGUUGAAACUAUUGCUGGCAUAACCAUUGUUGACAUAGCUCGCUUGGUUGUAGCCAACUGGGCCUUGGCUGUUGCUAAACAUGGUUGGCUGAGCGAAAUUGGGUUGAUACUGGUUAAUGCUGGGAGGCUGUUGGGCAACGCCACCAGUUCCGUCAUUGUACAUGCCUCCACGAAAGCCGCCAUUCGUGGCUUUGCCUGGGCCAACAAGGGUUUGGGGCAUUUGCAUGCGCAUAGCUGCCAUCUUAGCCUCUUGCUCACGGGCUAUCAUUUCCUCUUGUUCGCGUCGAAGGCGCUCUUCUUGAACGCGUAGAUCUGGGCUCUUUCUUAAAUGAGCACCCAGGACGGAUGCCAUACUGAGUCUGCGAUCUGCAUGUUGCACCGCACCACCAGCAUAGACACCUCCAGAGGGGCCUUGUAUUCCCAUUUCUUCCUCUCGGGCCAUCUUUUCGGCUUGGAGUCUUCGUCGUCUUUGACCCAGAGUCUCCUCUUCGCCUUCCUUGGGAGCUGCGGCCUCUUUCUUCGCCUUGCCCUCAUCAAGAUCACCAAAUUGGCUAAGAACUUCGACGGAAAAGGCACCGCUCACAGGUCGCGCUGUUGGAAGAGCCAGUUCACCUCCAUCCUUGGCAGCCAGGCGUUUGCGACGCUGCGCCAAUGUUUCCUCUUCAAUUUCUUCCUCUACAGGCGUUUCUAUGGUUGGCAGAUUCAGUUGCGAGGGGUUGGGAUCACCCAGUCGAGAGGGCGAGAAGAUCAUGGUGGUUGGUCGGAUUUGCUGAGGAGCAAGAUCAAGUCCUUGUAAGCGAGCGCGGCGCUGGCUGAGUGGCUCGUUGUCUUCCAUGUCGCGUCGCUCCAUUAAUCCCACAGGACGCUCAACAUCCGCCAUGUUCUUCGCUCCGUGCUGCUUCGCGGCAAGAAUCGCGAGCGGAACAUCUUCAUCGUCUGAACCGUUCUGGUCAAGAUGCAUGUUGGGGUCUUCCCAGGCCAGGUUGACGCGUUUGGUUUGACGUCCUUUGCGUUGAGUUUCCGCAACAGCAUCCAUUUCCAACAAUGUUGCGCGAGUGCCAGAUGGUACAAGAAAACGCUGCUUGGUUCGAUCCUUCUGCUGCUGCUUACGGAGUUGAAGUUCGGCCAAUAGUGUUGUAGGUGGCCCGAAAAAUGCAUCGUCCUCCUCCUCUUCUUCCUCCAUCAAUUCCUCGCCCGCUGCUUCUAGGCCAGCUUCAUGCUCCCCUGUCGCAGCAUGUCCAGGUUCGGCAUGCUCUGCAUUAUCAGCAACUGGCUGCCCUGGGGAAUGAAUGCUAUGGCCCUCGUCGCGGGCCGGUUCGCUGCCAAUCUUGGGGCUGCUUAGGUUGGAUUCAGCAGGGUCAAGAAGAGAACGGCCACCAACGCUGUGCGCCUUUGGUAUUUCUUGGCUGUUGUAGCUUGAUGAGCGCUUACCCAACCACAUGAAUGACGAGCGGCUCUUAACAGUCUUCAGCUCAGUCGGCGAACCUACAGAUGCCAAAGACGGUGAGAGAGUCAUAGUCGACUGGCGCUUCUUCUCUUUGCCGUAGACUUCGGAGCCGAGAGGGCCAGCGUAAAGGUGGUCAGUAAAGGCACUAACAGGCGCAGUAGCGGAGACGUCCAAGAUGUGGUCCAAAGUACGCAUAGCAGAACCGUCCUUGAUCUCAAUGUCAGGUGAAACAACGGGAGCAUCGAAAAAGGCACUAGCCCGUAGCUGUGAAGGGAGCUGCGAAAGUCUAGCCUUGCGUCGAUCAUCGAUGUGAGAGAUGCGUUUGGGUCGACGUAAAGUAUCAGCCGGAGGCGGGGAUUCCAGGGGCUCCUCCUGUGCCUGCUCAGGCUCCUCGGCACCUGGUUGAGUUACAGGUUCAUGUUCACGAAAUUCUGGGUGGGCUUCGCCAGGCAAUGCCAUAAAAGACGAGCGAUAUUGUCGGCGAAGGUCUGGAAGCCACGACUGUCUGACACCAGCACCUGCGCUUGCGCUGGUGGCCAUUUUGGGCAUGGCUGAGUGGCGUCGGUUAGGCAUUUCCUUCGCACCACCAUCACCAGUCCACAUAGCGCUUAGAACUUUUUGUUGUCGUUCAUUUCGUUCCACAGCCUUGGGCUUGCUCGAAAGCUUGCGGGGUCGGUUGAGCAUAGCAGGAACCUUGGCCGGGUAAUAAAACAUUUCGAUGCCGGUCUGGGGGUCCAUGUACGACUGUGGGCGCUCUCUUCGGAUGGCAGUAGGCUGGAUAGGCUGCAAAAUGGGGGGUUCUACCAUGUCUGCUUCAUCGAUAUGCUCUUGCUCUGGAAUGCCCAAAUCAAAAUAGUCGUAGCCCUCCUCUUGGAAGUGCAUGUCGGCAGGUGCUGAUUGAGGAGCUUCGUCCUCACCAGCUUGAUCAUAAUCACAAUGAACUCCAUCAAAGUCGGCAAAGGCAUUCUGAGACUGGCUAAAUGUAUCGUGCGAACGUGUGCUAGACGGCCGCUCCGGAUGCUCAACAGUAGCUGCCUUGUCUUGUGAUUGGCCAGAGCUACUAAAUUCAAAAGCGCUAUUCAUCAUGGCAUGGAAGGCGUCAGUGCUGGGGACCGGUGCCGGUUGCGUUGGCUCUGCUGGCGUAGAGGUGGUAAAGGCAGGUUCCAAGCCCAAACCGUGCGAGGUUUCGACUAACCCAUUAUCAACAUCAGCAGUCUUGGGAGCUGAGGUUGGCUCGGACUCUGAAAUCUCCGCCAAAGAGGGCUUGACGGAUCGCACGCUGCGAACUGAGCUCUUGCCGGGUCCAUUGCGAGACAAGAGGCUAGGAACCUCUGGUUCGUAGCCUAUAGAUCGGUUCGAGGAGGAUCGCAUCCUGCCUGGAGCUGCGAGACUACCAGGAGACUUGAGAUAGCCUGCAUGGCGGCUGGCAUUUGCUGACGAGGUGGACAAGUGUCGAGUCAACUGCCCCGUGAUGGGCUCGUCUUUGAGGCUGGCAGCUAACAUGGAGGAUCGGCGGCUGUCGCUUCGUUUCAGCUCGCCAUGUAAAUCGCGGAUCGCGUCGUCGAUGGAGCUCGUCAUAGAUAGGCGGACGGCGGUGGCUUCUAGCUGGGCAACGUUGCUCACAGCGGUGCCAGGUCGUGUUGGUACCUCGGAUGGUGCGGCGGCGUUGAUGGGUUUAGGGUGAACAAUCUUGGUGGUAGACUGUACGGUUCCUGUAUGCAGUGGGAUUUCAUCCAUGGAAGGAAACACUUCUGUGGCUGCAGCUUGGUUGUCGUCGCGAAUAGUCGCGUUUGUCGACGCGCUGGUGGCAGUCAUGAUUGACGACCUAUCCUGCUUGGGCUCGGCUGGCGCGAUGGCCUCGGAGCCGUGUGCUGCUGAUUUAUGAUGGUCAGUGUGAACUGGCGAUGCGCUCGGCGCGGGGGUUAUUGUUUCUGGUUUAACAGUAGUUGAAGCAAUGGGGGCAGCGUUGAUGACUAGGCCGAGAGGAGUGCCAACGCGAUCUGCGACGGUGCGUGCUGGCUCGGAGAGGUGCGGUUGGCAAGAAUGUUGUCGCUGGUGUGCGGGCGCAUUGUCUGGGCUGUUGCCGCCAUCUGCGCUAGGGGUAGCCAUGCCUCGAUUUGUUUCUGUGCCCAUGGCACAACGUAAGGCACGCUGGCACGGGUCAAGGAUCGACAGAUAUAAUAGAGCAGGUGUUUAAACGACGCGGUGCUGUGUCUGCGUUUCAACCUCCGGGUUUCUCUUCGUGGUACUGGUACCUCGCGAAUCUGCAGCAAACAAAGGAUAAAUUUAGCUGCUUGUUUUGGCGCUUAGAGGAGACAAGGGAGGCGAAGAAGCUUCAGGGGCCAAAAGAGUUGCGGAUCAGAGCGAGACACUAGCAUGGGCAGCUGAAGCGCUGGCAAGUAUUGACCCAAGAGCGUGCUGGUCGAAUCUGGGGGUAUCGUGUCACCGCCGAGAGUAAAUUCUUAGGCUGUGCUGACCCAAAUGAGACUGUUUCAGCGACGAGAGACGAUUGCCGGGUGGGUAUUUGGCGGCAAACAGAGCAGCAGUAGCGGUUGUUGAUGGUUGGUUCUAGGGCUCGUAUUGGGCGGAGGUCUUGGUUCGAGAUUUGGGUCUAAAUCAGAGCAAGCCCAAAAAAUACGGGUUCGAUGAGGCAAGAAAGAAAAAAUCGUCGAAUAGGGCGAUAAUCGAAAGCAGCGUCUGCUGUUGCAAGGAUAUCAAAAAGGAGGGUAGCGAUGUCGCUUUGGGGGGUCGUCCGGACGGCUCGAUAAGGUUUUAAGAUUGCACCAACGUGCCGCUGGAUUCUAACUUUUGAGGUGAUUAAAGAGUGUUGGUGAAAGGAAAUCGAAGCGAGAAGCACCCGAGUGCCUGCGCGUGUCGUGCAACAAUGUGCGUGCAAACAAGUUGCGUUCCUGAGCAGCGAUGAAACCUCGUGGGUGCGUCUGUGGUAUUUCGGGCCGGGGCCGUGCAGGAGCAACGAAAAGGAGACUUGGGAAACAGCAAGGCCAAGAUAAAACAAACAAGCCAAGAACGAGCAGGAGUCUCUCGCUGUUGUUUUUUUGUUUUCUCUUCCUUUGCACAAACCGCUACAGUACCCAAAGUGGGACACAAAGAAAAACAAAAAGAAUACGAGACAGAGUGAUGAAGAGGGAAGGGGAAGCCAAGCAAAAAGUCAAGAAAGACGAAAAAAGAGCCCGCUCAACGGCAUCGGGCACUACCUAAAACGAAAAAAGUGGUGACGGGCUAGAGCGUGGAACGUCGAACCACAGCACUCCGUGGGCACACUAAAACACGCUAAACAACGCACAACCAAACAAGUAUUAGGCGCUGUACCUUCUGUAGUGUAGGUACUGCAGCCCACCACAGUGGCCACACAGCGCUAUAAGUUUUUACGACUUGGAACUACC